GCGCGGCCUCCCGAAAUACAGUAACGCGUGCUAUGCGCAAACUCAGUAGAUGGCAGAAGAUGGCGGCGGAUAAACAGAAGCAUCAUGACGGGAGGGUAAAGAUCGGUCACUAUAUUUUGGGGGACACGCUUGGAGUUGGCACCUUCGGCAAAGUGAAAAUUGGUAAACAUGAACUAACUGGACACAAAGUUGCUGUAAAGAUUUUGAACAGACAGAAGAUUCGCAGCCUUGAUGUAGUGGGAAAAAUUCGAAGAGAGAUCCAGAAUCUCAAGCUAUUUAGACAUCCUCAUAUAAUUAAGUUGUACCAGGUAAUAAGUACUCCAACAGAUAUAUUCAUGGUUAUGGAAUAUGUUGCUGGUGGUGAACUCUUUGACUAUAUAUGUAAAAAUGGGAAGCUGGAUGAAAAGGAGUCCCGGCGUCUGUUUCAGCAAAUCCUUUCUGGUGUUGACUAUUGCCAUCGACACAUGGUGGUGCAUAGGGACCUGAAACCAGAAAAUGUUCUUCUUGAUGCUCACAUGAAUGCAAAGAUUGCUGAUUUUGGGCUUUCAAACAUGAUGGCAGAUGGGGAGUUUUUAAGGACCAGCUGUGGAUCACCAAAUUAUGCGGCACCAGAAGUAAUUUCGGGAAGACUUUAUGCUGGGCCAGAGGUAGACAUAUGGAGCAGUGGAGUCAUACUGUACGCUUUACUAUGCGGAACUCUUCCAUUUGACGAUGACCAUGUGCCAACCCUUUUUAAGAAGAUCUGUGAUGGAAUCUUCUACACACCUCAGUAUCUUAAUCCGUCAGUUAUUAGCCUUUUGAAGCACAUGCUGUUGGUGGAUCCAAUGAAAAGGGCUACUAUUAAAGAUAUUAGGGAACAUGAGUGGUUCAAACAAGACCUUCCAAAAUAUCUGUUUCCUGAGGACCCAUCUUACAGUACAAACAUGAUUGACGAUGAAGCCUUAAAAGAAGUGUGUGAGAAAUGUGAGUGUACGGAGGAAGAGGUGCUGAGCUGUCUAUACAGUCGGAAUCAUCAGGACCCAUUAGCAGUUGCUUAUCACUUGAUCAUUGAUAACAGAAGAAUAAUGAAUGAGGCCAAAGAUUUCUAUUUGGCUACAAGCCCCCCUGAUUCCUUCAUGGAAGAGCCCCAAUCAGCUCGGCCACAUCCAGAGCGAGUUCCCUUCUUAAUAGCCGAGUCACCUCGACAACGGCACACUCUGGAUGAGUUAAACCCACAAAAGUCCAAACACCAGAUAGGUGUAAGAAGAGCAAAAUGGCAUCUAGGAAUUAGAAGUCAAAGUCGACCAAAUGAUAUUAUGGUAGAAGUUUGCAGGGCUAUGAAAAUGCUGGGCUAUGAGUGGAAGGUUGUAAAUCCAUACUACUUACGUGUAAGAAGAAAGAAUCCAAUAACUAGUAUGCUAACUAAAAUGAGCCUCCAGCUGUACCAGGUUGACAGCCGAACAUAUUUGCUUGAUUUCCGCAGUAUUGAUGGUAGGUGAUAAUGGAACAAUUUG